GGUGCUACUGAAGGAAUUUUUUUCUGUCUUAUGGCUGUAGUUCUUGCUGCCUCCUCCUUUUUCAAAGAACGGGUGAGAGGCUCCUUCUUGCAAUCUGAGAAGUUUACCAAGUGGGCAUGACGCAGUUGGUUUUAUUAGGGCCGGUGCCACCUUGUAGGAAAGGAUUCUGGCGGACACCAUCCCUAAUCUACAGGACUCUGUUGCCACCAGUGGGGCCUGACUUCUGCUCCGGCUGGAAUCCUAGUACCUCAGAAGUCAACUGCAUGAGUCUUUUGGGCACCAAACCACCUCCAGUACAUAACAGCACAUCUGAGCCCAUUCACGUGGCCAUUCCAUCAUCUCAAAACAUUGCUCCAAAGUUUAGUAACCUGUCUAUCCUCCUCCCAGUCAGUUUUUCCAUUCAUUUCUCAGUCAUCAAGUGUACAAUAAUGUACAGUAGCCAAGCAACGUAUGAGCUUAUAUAAACCAUGCCUUGGAAACGAGCAGCAGAAUGCUGAAAUAUCCAUUUCAUGCUGUACAAGUAUAAUGGUUUUAUAAUGCAUGCCUAGUCACAUUUGCUUAAGAAACUGAUUAUGUUAAAACAGCUGAUCCUUUUGAGCAAUCCUUAGAUCUAAUCCUCUUUACUCAUACUGGUAUGGUGGGAUUAUUCCCUAGAAAGUAGCCAAUUCAGAUAUGAGGAAAUGCCCAGUGAUUCUCUUAUCUGUAGUUUUUAUGGAGAAUUAAAUUCUGUUCUAAGCAAUGAUGAAGUUUUGUUCUCCUUUCUGUUAGCACCAGUAUAUCAGCUGUACCAGAGUUUAAUUAGUAAUACUAAUUAACUAUUUGUUAAAACAAAAAAUAAAAAAAAUCCUUCCAGUAGCACCUUAGAGACCAACUAAGUUUGUCAUAGGUAUGAGCUUUUUUGUGCAUGCACACUUCUUCAGAUACACUGAAACAGAAGUCACCAGACCCUAUGUAUAGUCAGAGGGUGGGGAGGGGUAUUGCUCAGAAGGGUGGUGGGAACGGGUGAUUGGCUGAUAGGAGUGGUAAACCUGUUAACAAAUAAAUAAAAUUUUCUUUCAGAGUAAUACUUGCUUUGGCCCGUAAUCCUUUGCUAACGUGCUUGUUGGUUACAUAUUAAUAUGUGUCUUUCUUCUUUCUGCAAUAAUUCUGGGAACCGAAUGUUGUAAGCUUAAUGAUGUAACUAUGACAUAACCUUGAGAUAAGUGGUGAUGUCAUUUGGCUAAUGGAAUAAAUCCUUUCCUUCCCCCUUGGCUCCCAAAGUUGUUUUUCUGUCACCUCUUUCUUCAUAAAUGAGUAAUUAACCAUCCCAAAUAAAUUUCUACAUUUUACAAUGAUGUGGUAAUUUCCUCCUGUCACUUGUCAUUAUAUGAAAGGGAAAUUGCUGACAAGUUUGUACUCUCUCUUAGAGUUAACGUAAAAACAUGAACUUCUCUGGGUGACUGGAAUUUUCACAAUAUUUUUGCUCUGAGAUCUCUUUAUAACUCCUUACUUUACAGAUACUUUUUAGCCAAUUCAUAUAUAAAGUUGUCAGAAUCUCACUGGGGACUUGGAUGGCUCUGUCCGAAUCCAGACCUAUAGUGUGUGUUCAAGUUCCUGGGCUCAGAUUCUGCCAGCAGCUACCUAAGACAUUUUUGUCUCUUACAUGCAGGAUGAGAUAGUGCCAGAUCUACAUACAGAGGCUAACUGUGUAUCAACCCUGAUGAUGGAACAUGGUCCUCCGCUUCAGCUGAGGACAAUAGCCUAGUUUAGGGGGCACAGGACAGACUUAAUGGCACACACGGCUCUGUCCUAAGAAGAAUCCUGGUGGACCAGACCAAAUGCCCUCUCUUUUCACAGUGGCCAAGCCAAUGCCUGUGGGAGGUCUCCAAGCAGGACUGAGUGGAACAGCACUCCCACCUGAGAUCCCCAGCAACUGGUGUUCAGAGGUCUCCUGCCUCCAGCACACCAGCUUCCUGGGGCAGUUGCCUCACUCUGUCUAAUGGCAAGGGACAGACGAACCCAGCUUGUACUCAGCCCUGAGAUGAAGAAGAUAUUGCUCUAUUAAGUGAACAAAGCCCCAAAACCACAUUGCUGGAAGGCCUGGUCUCAGCACUUGGCAUGGCUGGGCAAAUGCCAGCGCCCCAGAGGACCCAGUGACUGACAGCAGGGUGUCAUAUUUUCCCUUAGAACUGCUCCUAGUCCACUCUGAAGGCUGAUGAUGUGGGAACAAAGGUAAAGAAUGAUGUAAUGGCAGGACCAGUCGAAAAGCAUCUUUUGUUUGAGUUGUGAAAUGGCUACUCUAUAGCCCAGGAUGAAUUGGUUGUGAGGGGCUGCUUUAGCAAGCCCUAUAUAACCAGAAUAUCAACUGGGAGCCGGACGGGGCAUUCAUCUUUGGAGGACCCUCUCAAGGGAAAAUGGGUCUAACUUUUCUCUUGCCAGUCACUGCCAGUAUGACCUCAUAUACUGAGUACAAUGGACUGGCUAAGCCUUUAAGUCCAUAGCCAUUACAUCACCUUCUUCAUCUUUGCUGCAAAUUGGAGAGGAAAAAGAAGGGCCUCUGCUGUUGUCAUGGCUGAUGAGAUGAAUGGUACUCAACUGAUAGUUGGUGAGAGGCUGGUGGCUUUGCUGGAAAGCGGCACAGAAAAAUUGCUGGUGAUUGACAGCCGCCCCUUUGUGGAAUACAAUACAUCACACAUCUUGGAUGCCAUCAAUAUCAACUGCUCCAAGCUCAUGAAGCGAAGGCUGCAACAAGAUAAAGUGCUGAUCACUGAGCUCAUCCAGCAUUCUGCAAAGCACAAGGUUGAAAUUGACAGCAAGCAAGAAGUUGUGGUGUAUGACCAAAGUUCAAAGAAUGUGGCUUCUGUUUCAUCUGACUCAUUCCUCACUGUCCUGCUGGGAAAACUGGAGAAGAACUUCAGCUGUGUUCACCUGCUUGCAGGUGGAUUUGCUGAAUUUUCCAGUUGUUUCCCUGGCCUUUGUGAAAGAAAAUCUAUUCUGGUGCCUUCGUGUAUUUCUCAACCCUGCUUACCAGUCUCCAACACUGGACCAACACGGAUACUUCCUCAUCUUUACCUUGGGUGCCAGUGGGAUGUCCUCAACAAGGAGCUGAUGCAGCAGAACGACAUUGGCUACGUAUUGAACGCCAGUAAUACUUGCCCCAAGCCAGACUUUAUCCCAGAAUCCCACUUCUUAAGAGUGCCUGUGAAUGACAGCUUCUGUGAGAAAAUCUUUCCGUGGUUGGACAAGUCUGUGGAUUUUAUAGAAAAGGCAAAAGCCUCAAACGGUCGUGUCCUAGUCCACUGUUUAGCUGGGAUAUCUCGCUCUGCCACCAUCGCUAUUGCAUAUAUAAUGAAAAGAAUGGAUAUGUCAUUAGAUGAGGCCUACAGAUUUGUAAAAGAGAAGAGACCAACAAUUUCUCCUAACUUCAACUUCCUUGGCCAGCUUCUAGACUUUGAGAAGAAAAUCAAGAACCAAAGUGGCCAAUCUGGAUCCCUUAGCAAACUGAAGAUUAUCCAUUUGGAAAAAAGCAGUGAUCCUGGACUGAGACUGGACAGCGGGCAGAGCAGCAGCAGCCUUUCCUCUUUCCCGCUCUGUGCGACAUCUACCUUGGAGACUGUGGAGCAAAAGCCAGUGGAAUCUGGAAACCGGCCAGGUUCCCCUUUCCUUUCACCAGAGGACAGUCCAUUGGUACAAGGCAUAAUUGGACUCAACAUAUCAUCAGACAAAGUUGAAGACAACAACAGGCUAAAGCGGUCAUUUUCCUUGGAUAUAAAAUCUGUGUCCUGUGUGGCAACCAGCACCUGUGUUGCUGCUUCAGGAGAGGGCUGCCCCUCCCUGGAGGACACCCUGGAAUAUUACAAGCAUUCGGCCACCUUGGAAGGUGGGGCCAAACUAUGCCAGUUCUCCCCUGUUCAGGAGGUCUCAGAACAGACUCCUGAAAGCAGCCCCGACAAAGAGGAAGCCAAGCUUCCAGAGAAGUCCCAGAAGGCCUGGCUGCUGGACAGCCACAGCAAAUGGCAGCACUUGGGGAGAACCGCUAGCACCACCCAGAGGUCACUCUUGUACCCUCUGCAUCGAAGUGGCAGCAUGGAAGACAACUAUAAAACUAACUUCCUCUUUGGCCUUUCCACCAGCCAGCAGCAUUUGGCCAAGUCUGCCGCUGGGCUGGGCCUGAAGGGCUGGCACUCAGACAUCUUAGCUCCCCAGGCUUCCGCGACACCUUUGGCCAACAGCUGGUAUUUUGCCACAGACACUUCUCGCUUUUAUUCUGCAUCGGCUAUAUAUGGGAGCAGCACAGCCUACUCUGCCUAUAGCUGCAGCCAGCUGCCCACGGGGUGUGAGCAAGCCUAUGCCGUUCGCAGGAGGGAGAAGCAUGGAGACAGGGGGGACUCGCGGCGGAGCUGGCAUGAGGAGAGCUCCUUUGAGAAGCAGUUGAAGAGAAGGAGCUGCCAGAUGGAAUUGGGGGGAAGUAUCAUGUCCGAGAACAGGUCCCGAGAGGAACUUGGGAAAGUGGGCAGCCAAUCUAGCUUCUCAGGCAGCAUGGAGAUUAUUGAAGUAUCUUGAAGCUCUGUUCUCCCUUUCUUCUGUGUCAAACAAUUCCCUGUAAAUCUGAAAUUUGAAAAGAA